AAGACGGCGCGGGAGAAAAAGUCUACGGGGAGAUGUAAGCAAGUAUCUAUAUACAAAUGGAGGACCACACGGGGUGGGGGUAUACGGUGGUUACUUCGUCAUGGAGGAUCAUAAUGAUUUUGAUGAUUUUCCUCACUCUUUCAAGAACUAUGUUAAGUCGACAAAACUAACCUGGCGUCGCCUGGAGCCGAUGAAUUCUAGUGUUUUCUGGAGUGAGGAUGCCCUGGAAUCUGAAAGUUCUCCGACUCAUUCCUCAGGUGGCGUUCCCAAUUCAGUACCCGAAACACUGAUCGCCAAUGGAAAAGUUACAGUCAAGAUUAGAUCUGUUAUUGAGAAGUUAACAACUGACUUUGGCCAUUUAAAAUCUGGUGUUCUACUUCAGUUAUGGGCACCCAGAACAGAUGGAGACAGAUGUGUGCUUACCACUACGGAUCAACCUUUUGGCCUUUAUGAAACUGAAGCACUUUGUAACUUUAGAAUGAAAUGUAUGGAGUAUAAAUUUUAUGUGGAUGCCAAAAGUGCAGAUGACCCCGGGGUACUGGGCCAUGUUUUCCGGCAAAAUGAGCUAGCAUUUACUCCAUAUGUCAUGUAUUACACAUAUGAAAAGUACCCGCAGCGCGAUGAUGCUAUAAAAUCAGCUGUUCAGACAUCUAUGGCUUUUCCAGUGAUUUAUCCUUCUUCCAGUCGCUGUGUUGGUGUACUCGAACUACUGUUUACUAGAGUGUUCUUCAACGCUCUGUAUAUAGUUAACAAAGUCAAUGCAGAGCUUCAGGAUGUAGGUCUGGAAAAGUCAGAUACAUAUGGCCAUCUUGUCACACCGGUGGAUUACAAAGCUCACAAUCAGGUGCUGGUAGAAUUAUCAAAGGGGAUGAAAGUGGUUUGUGAAACUCAUAAAUUACUUUUGAGUCUGGCCUGGGUUCCAUGCAGUUGUGGUAGAGAUGCGGAAUUGGAUGGCAGUUGCAAUAAGCGCUAUGUCAGCUGUAAGGGACAAGUCGUGAACACAAUUGUUUGUAUGGAAACAUUCUAUGCUUCUGAUGUGUAUAACCAGGGUUUUGUCAAUUCUUGUUCUGACUAUUACAUACGAACGGGGCACAGUGUUGUUGGGAGUGCAUUACGGUCCUAUAGUCCAUGUUUCUGCGAGGAUGUGACUCAAUUUAGCAAAACUGAGUACCCAUUAGUGCACUUUGCAUGCGCAUACAGGCUAACUAGCAGUUUUGCAAUUUGCUUGAGAAGUACUUAUACUGGAGAUGUAGAUUAUGUAAUAGAAUUUUUUCUGCCUCGAAAUAUAGAAAGUGAUCCGGUUCUAAGGACCUUGUUGUAUUCCAUAUUGGCCACAAUGAAACAGCAUUUCCGAAGUUUUAAGGUUGCUUCUGGAGAAGAACUGGGACAGGAAUUAUCGAUUGAAGUUUUGAAGGAUAGGAGACUAUGGCAUUGAUCUCAAAUAUGCCGAAUUACUAUA